AUGGCCUUAAGAAGAGCCGACAAUGCAUUCAUGGCUCUACUGAGGUCCUACCACUCGCAGCGCUUCUGUCGCGCAGCGACCCACGGCGCCGGCGCCGGCAUCCUCACACGGGCGCGGUUCUCGACAAGCGCCCUCGCGCGACGCCAGGAAGCACCGGGAUCGAGCCCCGAUGCGGCUCCGACCCUCACGAAUGAAACGAAGGUGCCGAAGGAGGUCGCCAUCAUCGGCGGCGGUAUCACGGGCCUGACGGCGGCGCACUAUUUGGCGAAGCUGCUCCCCGAGACGUCCAACAUCACCGUGUACGAGGCGGCGAACCGGUUGGGCGGGUGGAUCCAUACGCAGGAGGUCGAGGUCGAGGUGAAUGGGCAAAAGAAUAUUGUGCGCUUCGAGCGUGGGCCGCGAACGCUGCGCGGGAUGGGGAAAGAUACUUGGAAGUUUGACGAUUUCGUCCUCUUUGACCUGAUGAGAGAUCUCGACAUGCAGAGCGAGUACCUCGGCAUCAAGUCUCCGCCGCGCUACAUCUACUAUCCCGAUCACCUCGUCACCAUGCACCCAAAGAACGUCUUCAGCGAGGCCGCCUUCAAGGGCGUCAUCCCGGGCUUCCUGACCCUCCUCUGGCGCCGUGCAAAGGCGCGCAACGAGCCCGUCCCUGCCGACAUGUCGGUCGGCGACUUCAUCCGCUUCGCCACGGGCCGCCCCGAGCUGACGGACAACCUUGCCUCGGCCAUGAUCCACGGCAUCUGGGGUGGCGACGCCGACCGGCUGAGCAUGCGCAGCUUCAUGCCCGGGCCGUGGUGGCGCUUCUUCCAGAAGGGCGAGCGCGACGACUGGGUCACCAUCCCGCGCAACGAGACCGGCGUGCUCGAGACGUUGGCCAAGGACCAGGAGCUGCAGAGCUACGCGCGGGCUGCGCAAAAGGACCAGCUCGUGUUUUUUAAAAAGGGGUUGAGUAGCCUGCCAAACGCUGUCGAGAAGGGGUUGCGACAGAGAAAGAAUGUCACGUUCAAGCUCGGCGAGCCUGUGACGAACCUCGCUUACGACCGCAAGGCCGAUCAGAUCUCACUCUCAACAAAGAACUCCAAAUCCCCGGCCAAAUUCGACAAGGUCAUCUCCACAACCACCAGCAACACCCUGGCCGCCGCGACCAACAGCGCCCUGCCCUCCCUCGCCCGCUCCCCCAACGUCUCCAUCAUGGCCGUCAACCUCUGGUACCCGCAGCCUGGCCUGAACGCCUCCCACCCAGGCGUCGGCUACCUCGUCCCGCGCGCCGUCGACUCGAACCCGGAGGGCCUCCUCGGCGUCUUCUUCGACUCGGACGUAGUGCCCCGCGCGCCGUCGGAACCCGAGGGCACCAAGUUCUUCGUCCUCAUGGGCGGCCACUACUGGGACGAGUACGCCUCGUACCCGACCGAGGAGGAAGGCAUCGAGAUGGCCAAGUCCGUCCUCGAGCGCCACCUCGGCAUCCCCAAGACCCAACCCGCCUUCGCCAUGGCGAGACUCGCCAAGGACUGCAUCCCGCAGCACCACGUCGGCCACGGGGACCGCAUGGCCCGCGCCGCCGACGAGCUGUACGCGGCCUACGGCGGGAAGCUCGCCGUCGCGGGCGGGUCGUACACGAGCAUCGGCGUCACGGGCGGCAUCCGCGCCGGCUACGACGUGGCCGCGGCCGUCGCCCAGUCGCCGCAGUCGCACGUCGGCGACACCGGUCUCGCGCAGUUCCGCAGUCACCAGACGGAUCUGUUCCAGGUGCCGCGGGCGCACUUGAGGUCCAUCGGGCGCGACAUCGAGGAGAAGAUUGGGUGGAGGAACUACCUCCGAUGA